AGAACAUCAAUCUCACACAGAACCUGAUGGGUCAUAAUAGGAGAGGAAGAUAUCCUCUGCAUGGUGUCGGAGCUUCACCCGGUAUAAGCAUUAGAUCGUCCACAACAUCCUCCACACCAUCUACAUCGCAUAGAGCAGCCACAAGCAGUUUCCAGGCUAUGCCAUUUGUCGCACGUAUCUCUGCGUAUCUGAUUGACAAAAUUGACCCGGAGCUGCAUAUUCAGGUGACUAAUGAGAUGACUAGAGUUGCGCUGACGGCGAACUCGAUGGACGAUCUCAUGGGGUAUGUUAUACAAUAUUUAGGCGGUGCUAUUCCUUAUAGCACGUAUGGUGGUGUCAUACGGAUCAUUAGCUCGAUUGGCGAUAAUUCCGGCGCUAGACAGAGUAGUGCUCAGAGUGGAGAUAUUGGAGGGAGCAGCACCCGUUCUCGUAAUCGGGAUAGAGAUACCCCCGCCGACGACGAUGGAUGAGGUUUUUAAUUUUUAAUGCAAUAAACAGUUUUAUUUGUUAUAACACUACAUUUAUUCAUGUCGUGUAUCAUAUCUUAGUCAUGUGCAUUGUUAGUAUAUAUGUUGUUGGAUGUGUUUUAGACGGAACUGAUUGAUGUAUAUUUUGAAGUGGAUGGUUGGAUU